CCUGCGCUCCAUUUCCAUUCAAGGGGGCAAAAUUUUCUCUCGCGUCUCCAGCUGAAGCGAACCGCCUCCCGUCAACAACCAUGUCGAUGGAGGCUGGUCGCACCAUCCCCAAGUUCGGGCAAUGGGACGUGAACAACCCGGCCUCCGCCGACGGGUUCACGGUUAUCUUCAGCAAGGCCAGGGAUGAGAAGAAGGCCCCCGUCACCAACGUGCACAAGAUCAACAGGUCUACCGACAGCAAGGACGGUAGGACCGAGAAGAUUAACUCCUACAACAACAACAACUCCAGGGCCAAUACAUCGAAGAAAUGGUUCUGCUGCGUGUCGCCGAGCCCCACGCAGCCUUGA